AGGACCGCGAGGAGCAGACGAGAGGAGCCGCUCUAGCCCGCUGGGAGGAGCGCGAGGAGCAGACGAGAGGAGCCGCUCUAGCCCGCUGGGAGGAGCGCGAGGAGCAGCCGAUAAGGGCAGUUGGAGGACUCCGCCGAGCGCAGGCGGCCUGUUUGGAGGUUAUCCCAUCCAGGCGCCUCAUUCCAACAGGGCGGCCUGGCUGGGUGCGGAGGGAGUGGUCACGUCUUGGCGCCAAAUCCCAGGAGGAGCUCCCUGCCUGCGGAGACAAGAUUCCAUCUUCGGAUCCGAGUGCGGCGCUCCGCUCCCAUGGAGGUCCCCAAAAAACUGGUGACAACGGUGUCCGGCUGCGCCGAUGACGCGCUGGCCGGGCUGGUGGCCUGCAAUUCCGGGCUCCGGCUGCUCCGGGGACACCGGGUGGUCCUUCGGGAUGACCUGCAGGCCAUCCGUGGCCGUGUGGCACUGCUGUCCGGGGGGGGCUCCGGCCACGAGCCCGCCCACGCAGGCUACGUGGGGAAGGGAAUGCUGACCGGAGUGGUGGCCGGAGCCAUGUUCGCAUCCCCGUCCGUGGGCAGUAUCCUGGCGGCCAUCCGGGCCGUGGCACAGGCUGGAGCAGCCGGGAUCCUCCUGAUUGUGAUGAACUACACCGGGGACCGGCUGAAUUUCGGGAUGGCCCUGGAGCGGGCGCGGGCCGAGGGGGCCGACGUACGGAUGGUGGUGGUGGGCGACGACUGCGCCUUCACCAAGCCAGGGAAAGCCGGGCGCCGCGGGAUCUGUGGCACCAUCCUCAUCCACAAGGUGGCGGGAGCUCUGGCCGAGGCGGGAGCGAGCUUGGAUGAGAUCGAGAAGAAGGCGAAGGCGGCUGCCAAAGUCACGGGUACCCUGGGUCUCAGCCUAUCUCCCUGCAGCAUCCCAGGAUCCAAGCCCUCGUUCCAGCUGGCUGAGGACGAGAUGGAGCUGGGGCUGGGGAUCCACGGCGAGGCUGGAGUGCACAGGAUGAAGGUGCUGCCGGCAGAUAAGGCUGUGGAGACAAUGCUGAAGCACAUGACGGAUCCAUCCAGCGCUUCCCACCUGUCCCUGACCCCUGGAUCCUCUGUGGUGCUCGUGGUGAACAACCUGGGUGGAUUGUCCUGCCUGGAGCUGGGAAUUGUGGCCGGAGCUGCUGUGCGCUGCCUGGAGAACCGAGGGAUCCGCAUCGCCCGGGCCUUGGUGGGAUGCUUCAUGACAGCGAUGGAGAUGGCUGGAGUCUCCCUCACCCUCAUGCUGGUGGAUGAGGAGCUGCUCAGGUUGAUCGAUACCAAGACCAUGGCCGUGGCGUGGCCCAACAUUCUCGCGGGACCGGCGACCACCCGGAGGGAGGAGGUGCCAGCACCCACAGAGGCACCCAGGAAGCCACAGGAUGAGACUGGAAUUGGGCUCAGCACGGCACGGGUGGAGCGGGUCCUGCAGCGGGUGUGCAGCACCUUGCUGGAUAUGAAGGAAAAGCUCAACGAGCUGGAUCGGGGAGCAGGUGACGGGGACUGCGGCCACACCCACUCCCAGGCAGCCCAAGCCAUCCGGGAAUGGAUGCGCUCCCGGCCACCUCCGGCUGCUCCAGCCCAGCUGCUCUCCUCCCUGGCUGAUGUGGUGCUGGAGCAUAUGGGAGGCUCCUCUGGAGUGCUCUACGGGCUCUUCCUGACGGCGGCUGGCCAGAGCCUGCGUGGCCGCAGCGAUUCCUCGGCGUGGGCUGACGCCAUGGACGCCGGGAUUGAGGCCAUGCAGAGGUACGGAGGAGCUGCUCCAGGAGACCGGACAAUGCUGGAUUCGCUGUUUGCAGCCGCACAGGCUCUGCAUUCCCUGCGCAGUCCCGGUGCUGACCCGCUCCAAGUGCUGGCAGCAGCUGUCCAGAGCGCGGAGGCGGCGGCGGAGGCCACCAGGCACAUGGAGGCUGGGGCAGGCAGAGCCAGCUACAUCCGCUCAUCCCGGCUGGAGCAGCCCGAUGCCGGGGCUGUGGCAGUGGCAGCAGUGCUGGGAGCGGUGCUGGAAGGGCUGCGGGACCCCCUGGGCACCUCCCAGUAAUGACAGGGAUGUGUAUCCCUAAAAAUUCCUGUCCCCUUGUAGUGAUAGAAACGGUUAUCCCAAUAAGCCCUUGUGUUCCCCGUGUGAGAGGGAGGUGUAUCCCAAAAACCCCAUGUGUUCCUUCAAGGAUGUUUCUCAAUAAAGGUUAGGAUGUGGCCCCCA